CAGUCAGCUGUUGUGGCCCUGACCAACACGUGCAGGAGAGCCACCAGUGUGUGUUAUUGACCAACAGUCAGUCAGCUGUUGUGGCCCUGACCAACACGUGCAGGAGAGCCACCAGUGUGUGUUAUUGACCAACAGUCAGUCAGCUGUUGUGGCCCUGACCAACACGUGCAGGAGAGCCACCAGUGUGUGUUAUUGACCAACAGUCAGUCAGCUGUUGUGGCCCUGACCAACACGUGCAGGAGAGCCACCAGUGUGUGUUAUUGACCAACAGUCAGUCAGCUGUUGUGGCCCUGACCAACACGUGCAGGAGAGCCACCAGUGUGUGUUAUUGACCAACAGUCAGUCAGCUGUUGUGGCCCUGACCAACACGUGCAGGAGAGCCACCAGUGUGUGUUAUUGACCAACAGUCAGUCAGCUGUUGUGGCCCUGACCAACACGUGCAGGAGAGCCACCAGUGUGUGUGUGUCUCAACAACCAACAAGGUUCACAGGAGAACCAACAUAAGUGUGUGUUAUUGUCAACAAUCAACAAAGUUCACAUUAGUUAAGAAUUUUGGCAUUAAAAUGGAAGACGGAGAAGGGAAAGAACGUGUUAGUUUUAUUACUUGUGCUGCCUGGGUACCAAGGGGAGCUGCUAAGGCAAAUCCAGAGAAGGUUGAAAUUUCUAAGGAGGAACUGGCACGUAUUAUUCAAGAAACAAAGGGAAAGGUUGAAGAGUUGGAAGAAGUCGAGGAAGAUGAAUCUGAAGAUAUAGAAGAGGAGGCAGCUGAAGAGGAUGGUACAGUCAAAGGAAAGAAACUGGUGGAGAGUAAGGAAGCAUCAGCCACUGAGGAAGGGAAAGAAAAGUCUGUAAAAAAAAAAAAGAAGAAGGGAAAAGAAGUGAAGGAAGAGGAGGAAGAGGAAACUGGAGACUUUGAAUCUCGUUAUAAGUUUACAGCUUAUGAAGACGAAAACGAUGAUAAAAUGAACCAGUUGCUUCAGAUUGGUCUGCUGACUGUCCAUUCAGAUAAUGACAGUGAUCCCUUCAUCACCAUCAAAGACAAAGAUGAUCAUGACAGUGAAGAUGGGGAUGAUGAGAUUUUACCUACAGACAACCUCAUUGCUGUUGGACAUGUUGAAAAUGAUGCUGCCAUCCUAGAAGUUUAUGUUUAUAAUGGAGAGGGAAGCAGCUUUUAUGUUCACCAUGACAUUCUGCUUCCUGCUGUUCCUCUUUGUAUGGAGUGGCUCAAUUAUGACCCAGGAGAUGAACAGCUUAAACCAGCUAACAUGAUGGCUAUUGGGAGCAUGUCACCGGUAAUAGAGGUUUGGGACUUGGAUCUGGUAGACUGCCUGGAGCCAGCCUACACCCUUGGUAAGAAGGGCAAGAAGAAAAAGAAGAUUGCUGGAGCUGGACACAAGGAGCCAGUCCUUAGCCUUGCAUGGAACAGACAUGCCGAGCAUAUAUUAGCCAGUGGGUCAGUCGAUGAGACAGUCAUAUUAUGGGACCUUCAGCAGGGCACAGUUGCCCAGCAAUUAACAUCUUUUGAAGAGAAGGUUCAAUCCAUCAGCUGGCACCACAAUGAAGCUCACACUCUUCUAACUGGCGCUUGUGACGGAAAAGCAAGAAUAUUUGAUUGCCGCAGUAGUGACACCUGCAAAACCUGGAAGCUUGAUGGGGAGGUUGAGUGUGUAAUUUGGGAAACAGUUACUGAUAAGCAAUACAGCUGUGUGGUCAGCACAGACCAAGGGACUUUGUUUGGCAUUGAUGCACGACAAGAAAAGCCAUUAUGGACUCUGAAUGCACACAAUAAAGCUUGCACAGGUAUACGAAUGAGUCCUCAGUGCCCCGGUUGUUUGGUCACUGUAUCAUAUGAUGGAAGUGUUAAACUAUGGGACAUUGCCGAUGGAAAACCGAGUUUUAUUGAAGAACAUUGCCCAACACUUGGACAUUUACAGUGCCUUGCAUCUUGCCCAGACACUCCUUUUGUGUUCUGUAUGGGAGGAGACAACAAGGAGAAUAAUUUCAAGGUUUGGGAUAUCCGUGAAUCUGUCAAUGCACGUUCAAGAUUCUGCCCGCGUGUGGGAUUGCCAGUGGAUGAUGAUGAUGAUGAUGAUGUUAAAAUGGAAGCUGAAGAAUCAGUAGAAGACUCUAGUAAAAUACAAGUAAUUAAUCAAGCUUUACCAGCAGCCAGUGCAUCUUCUCCAGUCGUAGCUGCCUGUCAACACACAAAAACAAAUUCAAAACUUAAAUUUGGAAAGAAGAAAGGUGGACAUUUAGAAAAAAGGAAGAAGAAAUGGUAGGCUGUAUUGCUAAAUAUAUACAUGUAUAUUUAAUGUUUUGUUUUGUUUUUUCAAAAAUGAUAUCUUGGCCCUGUAAAAAAAAAAAAAAAAAAAUUCUGAAAUCCAAAAAAUUCCAAAAUCCGAAACACAACUGGCCCCAUGGAUUUCGGUUAAGGGGUUGUCAACCUACCGAUAACAUCUUCAUUUGCUGAUAAACAUUUUAAUGGAUGUGUAAUGAGUGAAACAUGUUUACAGCAUCUUUCAUAUUAUUGAAAACCUGCAUUUGCCAUCUAAAUAAUGCUGCUUUACCAUAAGGAUAAAGUAGAGACCAUAAAAGUAAUCAGUACAUGUACUGUUAAACAUAUACAGUACUACUGUACAAUGCUAUACAUUAUUGGCAUGUGUCACUGAGGUUUGACUAUAUUUUUUUGUGUAGUGAUUGGUGAUACACCCUUUGUUGUUAUUUAUUAUUGAAUGUAGACCAAAGCUCGCAGUGUGUUCUGGUUUUAGACAUCUUUGGAAGCGACAAACUGGAAUGAAAUACAGUACUGUACUGUAAAUUGAGACAACAAUGUGCCAUUUGUCUUACAUGUAAAUAAAAAAGAAAAAAGGUACACUUCACCUGUUAGAAAAAUCUGUGACCUUGACCUUUUUACCUAGGACCCGGGAAUACAUUUAUCAAGUGUGAAUAUUAUAGCUCUUACCUUUCCUAAGUUAUGAUGCAGACAUAUUGUACAUCCAUUACACUAACAUGCCAGGUGGUGACUUUGGCUUUUUGACAUAACACCUGGAAGCCCUAAGAGUUUUCAUAGUAAGUGCAGUAAACAUUAACGUACAGUAUACAGUAUACCAAACAUGAAUACUGUUGCUUUCUCCGUUACUGUUCUAAGUUGUUCUUGGACAUUUAUACAUUCAUACUUGAUAAAUUUAAACCAUUUGUCUUUAAAAACAUAGCAGACUAAUGCAUCAGUGUAAUGAAGAGGUUUGCCAAUUACGAACAUUGUGACUAUUCUGGAGUAAUUCAGUGGGCUUUCAUGAAUUAUUCUUAAAACAUACAUAUAUGAAA